AUGCUCUUAGAUUCCAUCCAAAGAAGAGCCAUUCACCUGGUUGGUGAUGACACACUUACUAAUUUCUUGACAUCAUUGGAAUGCCGCAGGAAAAUCGGCGAUCUUUCACUUUUAGAUAGAUACUCAAAUAGCUUUGAACCAUCAAAAGUUGGAAUCUGCAUUCUAAGAUUAGAUGAGGGUAGUCAAAAAAGCCUAUACAACUCACCUACAAUCUACAAUCUUACAGUGAUCUAUCUGACGCCUGCUGAGUUGAAAAAUGCAACCGUCAAAAAAUCCUUGGAUCAUGAUAUGUCUGUGGUUAGAAAAUCAAAGUCAGAUAAGGAUGACUACGACUUCAUCGUCGUCGGCUCAGGGUCAGCAGGCAGCGUGAUAGCCAGCCGACUGUCAGAGAACCCUCAAUGGCGCAUCCUGCUGCUGGAAGCAGGCACCCGGGCCAACUCUCUUACCGAGAUCCCCCUGCUGGCCCCUGUCUUCCAACUGACCCCCUACAACUGGGGCUACCGCAUGGAGAGACAGGAGGGCGUUUGCAACGCGAUGGAGGAGGGGGUGUGUAACUGGCCGAGAGGCAGGGCUCUGGGAGGCACCAGCGUCAUCAAUUACAUGAUCUACACGAGGGGGAAUCCCGGGGACUUCGAGCGGUGGGAGGGGCAAGGUAACCCAGGAUGGUCUUAUGACGAGGUGAUCCAAUAUUAUCUGAAAUCAGAAGACUGCCAUUUGGGCAAAGAAUGUCAGAGUCGAUAUCAUCAGAAUGGCGGAUAUCUAAGUAUCGAAUAUCCCUUCACGACAGAAUUAACAAACGCCUUCAUAAGAGCAGUAGUUGACGUACCGACAGCAGCGAAACCAUCGAAAUACCCGUAUAAAAUGUCAACCCAAACAGUUCAGCCGUCUAGAAGUUAUGUGAAAAGAUAA